CAAAUACUCAAUGGUCCGAGCACAACGGUUAAAAGCGGGAGCAAACACAUGUUGAAGCAGAGUCAGGACACUCAGACAGUAAAGGAAUGAAAUUAUGUUUGAGCGCGACUAUCAGGCCGGACAAACAGAGACGCGCGCUGUGAACCUUCCUGCAGAAAACGCUGUUUCGCGCGGAGCUGUCCAAGGUGGAGUAGGAUGAUGGGAUGAAGCACCUGUUGCUAUGCCAAUAUCUACAAACGAGGAUGCGAUCAAUCCACCCGUGCUCGGAAUGCUGAAAUUUGGCUAUAUACAUGGAUUGACUCGUGUACCAGCUAGAUAUUGUAUGCUAUGAUAUUGUAUGCAAAACUUGUAAGUUUUAACCCUCACCAUGGCUGGAUGUCGGAUACACUGAUGUUAAGCUCUAAAUAAUCAGUUUCAUCUGAAACCAUUGCACUUUGGUCAAUGAUUCACGAGCCUAAUCACCACGAGUGCCCAUUUUAAUUCACCACCGUGAUAUGGACAUGGAAAAAGUCAGUUGUGUUAACGAAAUGCCCCGAGGAGCUUGGAGAGACGCUCGCUUUGCAGGGCUCGCGGCUCGCUGAUCCCUUGACACACUUAACGCGCGUCAAUGACGUUGGCUCCUUGGUUAAGGCUGGCGAGGCUCGGCCUGCUGACUGCGUGUCUUUAUUCAUGGCUGCUGGUGGAGGGAUGCGGACCGGGUCCCGGUUACGGCACUCGCCAUAGGCAACGCAAGCUGACUCCAAUGUCCUACAAGCAGUACGUGCCCGGUGUUUCUGAGAACAACCUGGGAGCGAGCGGAAGAGCGGAGGGCAGGAUAACGCGCAGUUCGGAACGCUUCAAUGAGCUCGUGUGCAACUAUAACACUGACAUUGACUUCAAAGACGAGGAACAUACCAAAGCUGACCGGUUCAUGACCAAGCGCUGUAAGGACUGCCUCAAUAAACUGGCAAUUGCAGUAAUGAACCAGUGGCCUGGGGUCCGACUGCGAGUGACAGAAGCCUGGGAUGAGGACGGUCAUCACCCUCCUGGUUCUUUGCAUUAUGAGGGCCGUGCGGUUGACAUUACCACCUCAGACAGGGACACAAAAAAAUAUGGACUACUUGCACAGUUGGCAGUUGAGGCAGGAUUUGACUGGGUCCACUAUGAAUCCAAGUACCAUGUGCACUGCUCUGUCAAAGCCGAUCACUCUGUGGCUGUAGAAAAAGGUGGCUGCUUUUCAGGAUCGGGACUUGUGACAACGGCUGAUGGUGUGCAAAAACCUAUGGCGUAUUUGCGGCCUGGCGAGGAGGUGCUUUCCUUGUCUGAGUCAGGUGAAAUCGUUCUCAGUCGGGUACUUCUCUUUUUACAUUUGGAUAGAGAGAGCAGAACCACUUUCUUGAUUUUUACCACUGAAAAUGGAAAACGAAUGGCACUUACUCCCAAUCACCUCAUCUUUGCGGCUCCCAAUCUCAAACUGCAUCACCACGAGUAUGAAGCUAUAUUUGCCAAAAAAGUCAGGACUGGGGACUAUAUACUUACUACUGGGGACAACAGAGGACUUCAGCCAUCUAAAGUGGUCUCAAUUUCACUGCAGGAGAGGAUGGGGGUUUAUGCUCCUUUGACAGAACAUGGGAACUUAUUUGUGGAUGGCGUGCUGGUAUCCAACUACGCUUCUGUUGAGGAUCACAGACUCGCACACUGGGCAUUUUGGCCUUUCCAUGUACUUUUUCGCUUUUUCCACACAGCAGUGGAAGAGAACUCACAAAGAGUGGUGGUUAAAAGUAAUGCCAUGGUCUCUAAUAUCUGUUCCACAGAUCAGACCUUCCAUACAGAUGUGAUGCACAAUAGUUCUUCCAGCAUAUGCAAGAAAUUCACAGUCACAGUGGAAACGGAAAAUGAACACCGUUUUCUGCAGCAAAAGGAGGUUUACUGGUAUGCAAGGCUUUUGCACACAUUAGGACAGAUAUUUCUCGACCCUCACAAGUUUUACUGAUGGUCAGGACAGUGCAAAUGGCAAAAUAAAUCAUAGCUUUUUAAAAACUACUGACCAAAAAGGAAAUGCAAUAAGCACUAUAACUGGUAUAGUUACUCACCACAUAUAAUGUAAAGUUACAAUUACUUCUUACAUUUAGAAUUUGUAAAUGUGUUGCAGUUAUGCAUAUAUUGUAUGUAUAUUCAGUGUAACUUAAAAAAAUCUUAUUUUUAAUGAAUAGUCACCAUAUGGACAAUUAUGGGAUUCAAAAUGUAAACAUGUAUUUUUAUGUUUGUUUUACAAGAAAAUAUUUCAAAGAGUAAUAAAUAUUUAUUUUUAUACUUUUGGAUUCAUAAUAUAUAUACUUCAUGUUAAACUGUAUGUUCAUGUAGUUCUGAUUAUUUGUUAUACCAGACACUGAUACAGUUGUUGUAAUCUUAUUUUUACUUAAAGUUAUUGUAGUUUAUUGUGUUGCAAAAUAAACCCCGUCUGCCUAGAUUUUAUUCACAGCAAACACAGAGUUUCAUUCAGUACAAAAUAUCAUGCCAGUGUCUAGUUCAAAAAACUUUUUUUUUUUUGAGAAAUCAACAUAUUACAUUACAUCCUAUAGCUGGCAAUAAAACAUAAAUGAGGUGUAAGUCAGAUAUUUUGUUAACACAUGCAGUUUAACUAUGUCUAAUGACUAAUUGUUGUCAGUUUCCAAUGUCAUGGUACAAAAGCUGUCAACUUGGGCGGUACCACAUCAGAAGGUGCACAUUUGUACCUAAAAAGUCCAUACUAGUAUCUUAAAGGUACAUAUUAGCCUUUGUCAGUUUAAUGCGUUAACUUAAUUAUUUAGAUAAAAAAACACAAUAACGUUUUUUAACACAGUUAAAUCACUGGCCCGCCCCCAGACCUGUAGGUCAUUUUACAUUUCAUAUAGUUGAGUUUUGACAAAUAUGAUGCAGGGCAAUAACUUAAAAAUACUGAUGUUCAAGAUACUGAUGCAAAAAUGCCCCAGUAUGUGUUUUGUCUCAUAUAUAUAUAUAUAUAUAUAUGUGUAUCACAUAUUACACUGGCAGCAAGAGCAAUAUGACACGAUUGCUGAUUUUGUCCCGAUCUAUCACAAGCUUAAAGAUGAUUUUUUAUAACAGUUCACUAAAUAAGUAGUUGAUAUAUUUAUAUAUAAAUAGCCUAUAUUUUAAACACAAUAUCAUGUGUUUUUGCAAAAUUUUGCAGAGAACAUUUUACCUUUGAAGCCACAGCAGAAGACAGAGGUGUUUAGUUUCUGAAUGAAUCCGCGUUUAAACGAAUCCUGUGAAUCAAUGAUUCAAAAGCUCAUUCAUAAUGAGAGCCGUUUACUUCAUUCCUGAAUGAAUGAAUGGAUGACUCAUAAAGACAUUUACCGCCACCUGCUGGCAGAUUUAGUUUCUUAUUUAGAGUAUAAUUUCAUUAAAAAUAAAAUAAAAUAAUAAUAACAACAAUUAAAGGGAUAGUUUACCCAAAAAAAUGAAAUUCUGUCAUCAUUUACUCACUCUCAUGUCAUUUCAAAACUUUCUUUUAUGGAACAUAUGGACAAAAAAUACUGAGAUAUUGCUAUUAUAUUUUUAAAUAAUCUUCUUUUAUUUUCUAUAGUUUACAUUAGGCUGUUGCAGCAUAAAUGUUUCUGUCUAAUAAAUUUCAUGUUGAAUCAAAUAUUUCUUUCUAAAGCUACAAUUUGUAAUGUCCACUUGAUACUUUCUCAUUUUCUCAUAAAAAAAUAUAUAUAGGUAUUUUCACUGUCAAAUUGAUUUAUUAAUCGAAACAUCAUGUAAUUAAUUAAAUUAAAAAUUUUAAUCGACUGGCAGCCCUAUUUAGUACCUAAAGGUAACAUAUUAGUAUGUAAAAGUGCACCUUUUAAAAAUGCCACAGUUACAGCUUUUGUACCUUUUUUUCUGAGAGUGUGUGGUAAACAGGGAUAAACAGGCUGGCUUUUACUAAGUGCAUUACACCCCCUUGUGGACACCAAAGAAUACACCACUGUCUAUUCUGAUGUGCUUAUGAUUUGCAAUUUAUCUGUUCUGAAAAACAGCUUCCUUGAAUUAAUAAUAAAUUAACAAGGUAAUGAAUGAUUAUUUGUAAUGUUUUACAUUAGUUUUCUUUUAUUUGUCCUAUUUGAAAUAUGUAACAGCACUGAUGCAAUGUAAACAAAAUGUUGAAUUAAAUGUAAGUGCAUACUUCUGAUCCAUUAUUGCCUGACAAUGUAAAAGAUUUACCAUUGUAAAAUUGUAACAAAAAUAAUGCUUUUGAGACUGUUUGUUUUUGGAAGUGCAUGCUUUUCCCUCUAUUUAUUUUUUCACAGCUGUGAAGGUAUAGAAGAGGAUUAUCUUGGUCAUAGAGGGGGCAGAUGGACACACACCCCCACUGGAGAGGAGAUGUUCUGUCUGGAUCAGGCCAAUGGCAAAGACUGUAAUGUAGGCCCACCCAACAAUUACCUUCGGUGCACCAAUCAGAUUUUAAAGAUAAGCUUAGUCAGGCUGCCUCCAAACCUUUCCUGUUCAAAUUAAUCCUGGUAAAAGCUUGGAAGAAGUUAUUAAUCUUGUCAAUGUGGUAUGAUCAGGAAGCACAGAGAAAAAACUGUGCUUUCAAUAUUUGCUCUAUAGAGAUCAAUGUCAGAACAAUAUGAGACCGAUAAGACCUGUGUUGUGCAAAUG